AACUAUAUUUUCUUUACAGUUCUCAUUUUCUGUUGCUGUAUGUGAUGAUUUUGAGAUGCAUUGAAGUCAGCUAUUCAAUUUUAGUUCAAUACUACUGGAUAUUUAUCAUCCAUUUCUAUGAAGUAUAUAUCAACACAGAGGCUUCCUGUUCAAUUAAAUGGGCUGAAUAUGCUCUGCAAAAUUGGAUGGUCAACAGGUCAUUAUCUCCACUCUCCCUUGAGAACAAUUACUAGCUCAGUGCUCUCACGGGGCCCCACUCAACAAUAACAAACAUGUUUUUCAGUCCGACAAAUUGUUGAGCUGAAUGAACAACCUACCACGGCAAUGAUAAACAAUAUUUAGCCGAUGGCUCGGAAGGAGACAGAUAACUGACGCUGAGUUAGCUCAGAUGUUCAAGGCUUUUUGUGACAUUUUUGUAGAAAAAUGCCUUGAACAUCUGGAGGGUAUAGUUGUAUAUCAAAAAUGUAAAAAGCCAUCUUCCAUAAUACUGUAUGCCACCUUCAACUUAAUUCAAAGUUACAAAUACACACACACACACACUCACACACACACACACACACACAAAGAUGCUUUCCUUUUAAAAGUGCUCAUUGUUAAACAUGCCAUGUACUCAGAGACAUAAUGGGGCCCCGCAUCUUACAAUAAGCCCACUGUUUCCCCCUUUGAAUGUGUGUGUCCGUGCAAGCGUGUGUGUGUGCCUGUGUGUAACCUGAAAGUUGUGUGUGGUCAGACAUUUUUCUUACAGCUCCGAUGAGAAAGUAGGCACUCAAUUUAGAGGAUUUAGCCUCUCUCUGCUUGCUAUGGCUCACCGCUUGUUUGAAGGCAAAGAGCAUGCGGCCUCGUAUUGGAAGUACAGGAUUUCUCCAUCGGAUCACCUGAUUCAGAAUGUGAUUACAUUUGUGGAAAAACAGAAAGGUGGGCCCUUUUCGCUAGCCGUGGAUGUGGGCUGUGGCUCGGGGCAAGGUACGCUGAUGCUUGCCAAACAUUUUACUUCCGUGGUGGGCACGGAUGUAAGUCCUGCUCAGCUGGAAAUGGCUUUGCAGUCCGCUCAAGAGCCAAACGUCACGUACAGACAAUGUGUGGCUGAGGACCUGCCAUUCGCUGACAGCUCAGUGGACCUGAUAACAGCCAUGUCGGCCUUCCACUGGUUUGACAGAGCACGCUUUCUUCAGGAAGUCCACAGGGUCCUGAAGCCUCGCGGCUGCUUGGCUCUGCUCAACUACAGUCUUGAAAUGGAACUGGACUACUCGGGCUGCUGCCUGCAGUCACUCAACCAAGUGUGCAAAGAGUUCUAUGCAGCUUUGCAUCCAUACCGCAGUCCUCACCUUGGACCAAGUUCUAUUGAGUUGUACCGGGAGGCCUACAAGUCCAUACCUUAUACUGACAAAGAGUGGCAUGAGAGUGUGUGGGUGAAGAGGCCGAUGCCUCUGUGCAACUACAUUGGAUUAGUGGAAUCUUUCUCCAGCUAUCAGGCUUUGCUGAGGGAAGACCCUGAGAAGGCUGCCAGGCUUUCACAGGACAUCUGCCAAAGGUUUAUGUCCAUCAUGAAGGUGACAUCUGCAGAAACAGAAGUAGUGGUGGGUGUCAAUUAUUUCUACCUGCUGGCUAGCAAAAAUGACCCAGAUGACAUGUAGAAAAAGUGGAAUGAAAAUGGGAUGUGUCCUGUACUGACAAUGUACAAUGUGCUGUGUUUUAGCAACAUUAGACAUUUUAUUUUUUUGGGGAAUAGCUUGUUAUUUUUGGACAAAUAAAUGAUUAGACCAGUUUGAAGAGUGUAAUAAUCAGUUAUUUACGUUUUGAUUAAAAAAAAAUCACCAUCUUGGGAAAUUAUAAUAGUGCAUGGGAAACAAUCCAAAUCGUAUUUAGCAUAGACAUUACGUAUGAAUUGGCCUCGUGUCUUUAAUGAAUGUGU